AUGCUGACGCACGCGGCCUUGUCUCUCAUGCAUAAGCAGGAGAACAUCCGCGUCAUCAAGACUCGCAGCCCGCGGAGAACACGUCGUCACAAGAGGGGACCUUCGUCCAACGGAGUUGUACGGCAGAUGUCUACGCGAUGUGUGGGCGGCCAGCUUCUGCGCGUGCACAAGAAAGUGGAGAGCGGCCCCCUGCUUUACGUCACGUUCUUGCACAUGCUUCGCCUCCUACAUACGCGUGUAAAGCGAUCCGCUUAUACCUCCUGCGGGUCUAGCAGGAAGGCGCAGACCAAGUCGGUGCAGCCCGUCUGCAGGGACUACACACUGCACUUGCAUAAACUGGUACACGGCAUCCAGUUCAAAAAGCGAGCACCUCGUGCACUACGGGAGAUUCGGCGGUUUGCAGAGAAGACAAUGCAAACAAAGGUAGGCAAAGCUUCCGCACUCAUAUUCCGUGUUUGUUUCGACGGAUUAAUCGUGCCCAUGGUAACGAGUAAUCGAUGCAGUGGUGGGGUUGACGCACAACGUGGGCUACGGGAGUACGACAGGCGUUGGGGCGUGCCCUUCGUCAUCCGCGCUGAAGUCUGGCGGGCAGUGUGUUACGUCAUGCGCGGAUUGCACGAGACCACGCGAAUCGUCGGCGCUACACAGUCUACCCGUCGCCUGUGUGUGGACAUGGAACCUGGCAACCGCAUCGGUGCCUAG